AUGCUGCGAAGAAGUAUUACAUUGAUAUUUAACCGGUUUGCGUUGCAGUACGACUCAACAAGUCGUUCUCUCAGCAUUACACAUCAAUAUUGUGAUGUGAUGGAGUUUUUUGACAGUAAAAAGAACUGGGGCAAAAAUGACGUUAAAACUGGCCGCCCAUGGCGCAAGGAAGAACUUCGACUCAAGUCGAAUGUAGACCUGCACAAGUUGUGGUAUGUACUUCUGAAGGAGCGAAAUAUGCUGUACACAAUGGAGCAAGCUGCGAAGGAUUCCGUAGAACUGUUUCCCAGUCCAGAGCGUAUUUACAAGGUUGAAGAAAGCAUGAAGAACCUCGAGGACGUAGUUCAUGAGAGGAAUAAGGCAUACCUAGAAUUGACCACGGGAGAGAGCGGUGAACGGCCCUCCAAAUAUGUCACGACAUUUCUUGGAUUCAGGGUACGCAAAGAACUCGAUGAACACAUUGAGCCUCCACAUAUGAAUCCUAAAGGCAAGGAGUACGAACAACCGUUUCUUGAUGAUGACGCAUAUAUUUUUCAAAAAUAUUGGAAGGAAAAAGAAUGGUUGCAAAAGAGAGACAAAGACGAUGACGAACGGAGGAAUUCUGGAAAGCACAAAUACAUUUAUCGUUACUGA